AUGGCCCGGGAGUUGGGUAGGAUGAUGUCCAUCAUGAUCCAGGCUCACCGCCAGGUUUGGCUCUCCCAAUCACGGCUGACGGACAAGGCUAGGAAGACCCUCCAGGGCCUCCCGGUGGUGCCAGGAACAGUGUUUGGCCCAGCUGCACAGGAGGCACUUGACAGAACCAUUCAGGUGGGACAGACUAGGCAGCAGCUGCUGUGCCUGCACCGCGUGCCUCCCCCUGGCAGGGGCAGGGCCAGGGGCAGAGGCCACUUGGCCGCUCCCAGAAUCCACCCACCACCAGCCCACUUUAGCGACCCAAGCUUUGCGCAGGGGCAAGCCCGUGGGCGGGGCAUCGGUCGUGCACAAUCUAGGCCAUUUUGGCCCCCGGGCCCCGUUGGACCCCCCAACAGGCCCCUAGGGGCCAAGGGGCUAAACACUGAGGCAACGGGGCCGGCCAUUGAAACUUUCACACACCAGCAGCUCAGUUACUGGGCUGCUCAAGCUGUGGACCCGUGGGUGCUUACCACCUUGACCCACAGGUACAAGCUCCAGUUCCGACGCCGGCCCCCUGCAGCCAGCCGGGUCAAAACCACCAUCACUGGCGACCCGGCAAAGGCCCUCGCCCUAGACCAGGAGCUGUCUACCCUCCUGGCCAAGGGUGCCAUCGAGCCAGUAGACCCUCUGCAGCACCCCAGGGGGUUCUACUCAACCUAUUUUCUGGUAGAAAAAAAGACCGGUGGAUUCCGCCCCGUUUUGGACCUGAGAGGCCUAAACAGGUACUUAAAGACCAUACCUUUCCAUAUGUUAACCAGGGCAGCUGUACUCCAGUCCGUGGCCCCAAACGAGUGGUUCACGACAGUGGAUUUGAGAGACGCUUAUUUCCAUGUCCCCAUUGCCAGGCAACACCGGCAGUUCCUCCGGUUCGCCUACAGAGACCGCCACUGGCAGUUCCUUUUUGGCCUCUCCCUGUCCCCGAGGGUCUUCACAAGGUUCGCCGCUGCAGCGCUCCAACCUCUCCAGGCCCAGGGCAUGAAGGUGCUUCCCUACCUGGACGAUAGGCUGAUCUGCACACCAUCCUGGGUGCAGGCAGUAGACGACACAUCACGGCUCCUAGCCCACGUGGCCCGCCUGGGAAUAAAAGUAAAUAUAGACAAAUGCUGCCUGACACCAUCUCAGAACACAACAUACACUCACCGGCCACUUUAUUAGGUACACCAUGCAAGUAACGGGUUGGACCCCCUUUUGCCUUCAGAACUGCCUCAAUUCUUCGUGGCAUAGAUUCAACAAGGUGCUGGAAGCAUUCCUCAGAGAGCUUGGUCCAUAUUGACAUGAUGGCAUCACACAGUUGCCGCAGAUUUGUCGGUUGCACAUCCAUGAUGCGAAUCUCCCGUUCCACCACAUCCCAAAGAUGCUCUAUUGGAUUGAGAUCUGGUGACUGUGGAGGCCAUUUGAGUACAGUGAACUCAUUGUUAUGUUCAAGAAACCAGUCUGAGAUGAUUCCAGCUUUAUGACAUGGCGCAUUAUCCUGCUGAAAGUAGCCAUCAGAAGUUGGGUACAUUGUGGUCAUAAAGGGAUGGACAUGGUCAGCAACAAUACUCAGGUAGGCUGUGGCGUUGCAACGAUGCUCAAUUGGUACCAAGGGGCCCAAAGAGUGCCAAGAAAAUAUUCCCCACACCAUGACACCACCACCACCAGCCUGAACCGUUGAUACAAGGCAGGAUGGAUCCAUACUUUCAUGUUGUUGACGCCAAAUUCUGACCCUACCAUCCGAAUGUCGCAGCAGAAAUCGAGACUCAUCAGACCAGGCAACGUUUUUCCAAUCUUCUAUUGUCCAAUGUCGAUGAGCUUGUGCAAAUUGUAGCCUCAGUUUCCUGUUCUUAGCUGAAAGGAGUGGCACCCGGCGUGGUCUUCUGCUGCUGUAGCCCAUCUGCCUCAAAGUUCGACGUACUGUGCGUUCAGAGAUGCUCUUCUGCCUACCUUGGUUGUAACGGGUGGUUAUUUGAGUCACUGUUGCCUUUCUAUCAGCUCGAACCAGUCUGGCCAUUCUCCUCUUACCUCUGGCAUCAACAAGGCAUUUCCGCCCACAGAACUGCCGCUCACUGGAUAUUUUUUCUUUUUCGGACCAUUCUCUGUAAACCCUAGAGAUGGUUGUGCGUGAAAAUCCCAGUAGAUCAGCAGUUUCUGAAAUACUCAGACCAGCCCUUCUGGCACCAACAACCAUGCCACGUUCAAAGUCACUCAAAUCACCUUUCUUCCCCAUACUGAUGCUCGGUUUGAACUGCAGGAGAUUGUCUUGACCAUGUCUAUAUGCCUAAAUGCACUAAGUUUCCGCCAUGUGAUUGGCUGAUUAGAAAUUAAGUGUUAACGAGCAGUUGGACGGUGUACCUAAUAAAGUGGCCGGUGAGUGUAUAUUGGCCUAGCCCUAGACACAGUUGCUAUGACGGCCCAUCCUUCCACCCGCCGGGUGAAUGGUAUUAUGAUGCUGCUGUCGGAUUUCAGGAGAGGAAGCCGCCUGCCAUAUAUAAAGUUCCUCCGCCUCGUGGGCACACUAACAUCCGUUGCGGCUGUUGUGCCACUGGGCUUGCUGUCCCUACACCCCCUGCAGAGGUGGCUAAACGGCCUUCAUCUAGAUGCCGAGCGACACAGGCACAGGAAGAUUGCCGUGUCCAGACAGUGUCUCCUCACCCUAGUCCCGUGGAGGGACAGGGCUUUCAUCUUGAGGGGUGUCCCUAUGGGGUCUAUUCCGUCCCGCAGGGAAACCGUUGCCACCAACGCCUCCCCUUCGGGCUGGGGUGCGGUGUGGCAAGGCAGGACAGCUCGUGGGCAGUGGUCUCCAGCAGACUGCACCAAUCACAUCAAUGUGCUCGAACUAAAAGCAGUGUACAUGGCUCUCAUCCAUUUCAUGCCUCACCUGCAAGGCAAGCAUGUAUUGGUCAGGUCAGACAAUACCUCGACUGUCUACCAUUUAAACCACCAGGGAGGGACCAAGUCAGCACGGCUGCUGUAGGUCUCCACAAACCUGCUGACGUGGGCGGCCCCCCGUCUGAUGAGCCUGCGGGCAGUGUAUAUACCAGGAGAGAAGAAUCACAUCGCAGAUUUCCUCUCCUGCCAGAAACCUCCAUCAGGAGAGUGGCACCUCCACCCAGACGUGGUCAGUAUGAUCUAGAACUGCUUCGGCGGUGCAGAAGUGUAUCUGUUCGCUUCGGCAGUGUUGACCCACUGCCCGAAGUGGUUCUCCCUAGCGGGGAUAACCAGCCCCCUAGGCCAGGAUGCGCUGUCCGACCCCUGGCCAGGGGUUCUCCUAUAUGCUUUUCCCCCACUUCCUCUGAUUCCUCUAGUGCUCUAGAGAGUGGCUCAGGAGGAUCACACCAUUCUCCUGGUGGCCCCUUUCUGGCCAGGCAGGGUGUGAUUCAGACUGCUCCACCAACUGUGUCGAGGGACGCCGUGGCGCCUCCCCGACAGGAGAGACCUACUCUCGCAGCUGAGGGGAGGAAUCUGGCAUCCCAACCCACAACGCCUCCAGCUGUGCUUUGGCCGCUGAAGGGCCCGAUCCGCUGCUAGGCAGCUGCUCGGACGCAGUCCGACACACAAUCUUGAACGCGAGGGCGUCGUCCACCAGGCUCCAGUACGCCAACAGGUGGAAGCUGUUCUCCAGCUGGUGCAAAAGUAGAGCUGAGGACCCAGUACACUGUCCAGUGACAGUCGUCCUCGAAUUCCUCCAAAGCCUGGUAACUAUCCUAUGCAGGGCUCCCUUUGAGCCCCUGGAACGGACGGAGCUCAAGUGGCUGUCCUAUAAGACAGUCCUCCUCCUGGCCAUUACAUCAGCCAAGCGUGUAGGGGAGCUGCACGCCCUGUCAGUCAGUGAAUCCUGUCUACGGUGGAACCCAGACCAGUCGGGCAUAACCCUAUGGCCCAAUAUGGACUUCCUGCCAAAGGUGCCGUCAGCAGCAAAUAUCAACUGGCCUAUUACACUGGCCCGGUUCGAUCCUCCACCAGGGGACGGGGCUGACCAGCUUAAGCUAUUGUGCCUGGUGCGGGCCUUGAGAGCCUACAUCGGAGCCACUGCACGUGUAAGACGAGCCGAAUAGCUCUUUGUGUGUCACAGCGGCCCUAGUAUGGGCCGGGCCUUGUCAAAGCAGUGGCUGUCCCACUGGGUGGUGGACACAAUCAGCCACGCCUAUAAGGCGAAUAACCGCCCCAUGCCACCCGGGGUCCGAUCCCACUCAACCAGGAGUGUCUCCACCUCAUGGGCAGCCCUAAGAGGAGUACCCCUCGAGGACAUCUGCUCAGCUGCCUCGUGGGCCUCAUCAAGCACGUUCUCCAGGUUCUACAGGGUAAACGUUGCCACUCCCCAUCCGUUGGGUGUGGUCUUCUUCCUGGAGUCCUCUUGAUUCAAGGUUUGCAAUCAGGAUUCCUCGUGAUUUUGCUGGUAUAAGUCAUUCAGUGCUUAAAGCACCGCCUCUGGCGGUCAUUCGGGAUUCAUAGAACCGUAGUUACAUGCGUAACUUUCGUUUGAUCAGCUGAUGCACGUACCCGCAACUGCACCUCGUGAAACCCCAUUCAAAAACUGUAGUAUUUUUAUUAUUAGCACUUUAUAGACCACAUCCCCGUCCAUCUACACCUAGAUGAACACAAUAUAUAUUUUUUAGAUGAUUCGGCACUAGUUCGGCCUGCCAAAUCAUCUGAUCAAAGCCAGUUAUUUACUUUUAUCCACCGCGGAGAGCACGCCGGGCGCUUAUUAUUUUUUUUUAUGAGCGCCCGUCUCAUCAGCUGGCCGAGCAUGCGUCACGAUGAUGCAACUACUCGAGGACCUCGAGUCACGUGAUGUUUGCUUUGUAUAGUGCAGUUCAGGCGACGUCGAAGUUAUUUCUACACGUUUGCAUGAUAGCGCUCUUCUAAAGCUGCUACAAAAUAAACCCAACAGUUUAAAAACAGUAAAAAACAGUAGACCUACUGAGUACCUUAUAUGUCAACUUCAAGUUGGUUGUCCAGCGGGGCUUCCUCCUCACUGGAAAGGGUCAUUUUCCUCUGUUAUAGCUCUCCCCUGUCCCCUGAGGCUGCUGUUUCACUUCUUUUCCACAGAAUAGGGCUCCUCUCUCCCUUUACAUCACCUUCACUACAAGAAAAAAGCACAUACAUUUGAGAGAGAAAUGAUUCUUUUUUGUAUGUCUGUGGUCAUCACAAAUGUGAUUGUCAAAUUAGGUCACAGGACAAAAAUUUGUUACCCUUAGUAUUUAGCAAAUUCUUCUUGUAUUUCUUGUGCUUAUAUAACAUAACACAAAUGUUUGAUGUUGAUAUGAAGUUUUACAAAAAUAAUGGAUAUAACAUUUAUUAUACUUUCAAAUGCCGAAGCUGAAGGGUUCGCGUCGGUCACAGGCUGCAACCAGGUGACACGCUCAGCGCGAGUUCCUGAUUUUCGGUCCGCAAGACCACAAUGGUGACGUGCCUACGGGUGUGUAACCUUUUUCUUUGAAAUGUAUCAUUUUGUCUUACGUAACUAUAUUAGUAACAGUUUCUUAUUCCUCUCUGUCUGGGAAAACACACAUCCAAAUCAGGUUUACUGUUUCACUUUUACAAUGAUACAUGUCAAUGUUGUCUGUUUAAAUAGGCACUGUCGGGACUGGUUAUCGCCAUUGCAUUAUCCAGUGGCCAAUAUCUGUGUUGACUGGCCAGCAACACAAAUUGGUCAUUCCUCCUGAGGUUCCCGACAAGAAGGUAUGAUACUGACAUUGUUUUUUACCCUCACAAAACAUAUUUCAGCUGAUACAGUAUUUAAUUAGUACUUCUCCCUUUCUCAUCCUAGUUCAUUCUUAUUGUCGGUUCCUCCCACCUCCGACCGUUUGUCAAUGGGGUUGUGCCAUUGCCUGAAGGACGGAUGUUGUUUGGCUUCAUGUCCACGCCAGGGGCCUGUGCUGACGAACUGACGAUUGAGAUGGUGCAUGCUGCUGUACCUUGCAAUCCUGACUUGGUUCAUCAUGUUCAUCAUGGCUCCUAGCAACAACCUAGCUAUCCAAGGGUGUCUUCAACAGAUUUUGCGAAACUUCUCUCAACUGCCCUUGGGAGGUGGUUCAAGGUGGGGCUAUGAUUUCAUUAACAUAUUUUGUAGUAUCUACAUUGGUAGUUAUUCUCUAUAAUAACUUUUGUAUUCCUUGUCCUUCUGGUGUGCUUGUGCUAUUUUUAUAGGUAAUUGUGUAUGAUUUUCCACCUCGGCUGAACCACCCUUUGGACCACCAGGAGCUCCUGCGGCAGGAAUUCCGUCGAGUUGCAGCACGUAUGGGUAAGUUUUACAACACUUUAAAUGUGCCUUCAUAACAAAAUUCUCAAUGACAAUAAUGUCAUCAUAAAACCAAUCACAUAAAACAUCUACAAAAAACACUUACAAAUUACGUAUCUUUUAGAAUACAUCACAACUCUGUACAUUUUAUGGAGAAGGUGAAAGAAUAAUUGUCUUUUCUGUUUUGAGUAAAAUACGCACAUCUGUACUUAUGCUUCAUUUUGUCUCACUUUACAUUAACAGGCAUUCGAUAUGUUUGCCCUGCUGCUGACGACUUCCCCCUGAGACGCCGCAAGCUGUGGUGCAGGGAUUCUGUUAGUACAAUCCCUACUCAUCUUAUGUUUCAUAUGGACUUCAUAAUAAAUGCACAAAUUUUUGCAUCGGGCAUAUUUGUGAUCAUUAAAAUUGUCUUGUCUUCUUUGUAGGUCCAUCUCAGUUAAGACGGUGGGUCGCCUAUUCUGGGGCAGUGUCUCGGGCAGACCAUAUAAUUCCUGUGUGUUACGUGUAGUACAUGUAACUAAUACAGUACUGUUAAUUCUCAACUUACUUAUCACAGCAGAAGCUCUCUGGCGACGAGGUGGAGGACUCUGCUCCAUGCACGCAGCAGGUUUGUCAUCCUUUGUAUGAACGCACCUAUCAUACAAAAGCACUAUCAUCAGAGUUUCUGUGUGGAUUGCACACAUUUUCUUUGAAGAGAAACCCUCUUCUAAAGUAUUACUUUAUUUUUUUUCUCUCUCCUUCUCAUCCUAGUUGUCAGCAGUUGGGUUGCGGGAGUGUUUUGUGCGUCUCAACCCUCUCCAUUUCAGUGAACACCUGCUGGAUGCCAUGGAGAAGAUUUCGCCAUCCCAGCUUCCCAACCCUGUUCUACACGAUGAUGAGGUCAGUGAAAAGUUGAACUACAGUUGCACUUUUACUGUUCAUUCAUAAAACGUUUUGUGUUACACAACAACAAUGCUUAUAAAAAAUAUUUUUUCAUUCAGAUGCCACCUGUGGAACCACGCAGGACUGUGGUUGCAUCUCAGAGGAUCCCUGCCAGGAAGCAGGAUUGUUUCUUCAUUAGCACACAUGGUUUAUUAAUAUGCAAGCGCACAGAACUAGGUUUGCAUCAAAACCAAGUUUAUCAUACUGAACUGAAAUAAUAACAGAGAAAUUUUACUUGGCCCUUUAUUUCAAAAGAUUUUCUUUAUUCAUACACAAAUGAGAUCUUAGUAUUAUCAGUUGAUGGGCUGCAUUAAUCAAAAUGCGUCUUAUCUUCAACUAUAAAAGUACACUUUUUAACAAUUCGCCCUUUGUAUCAAUGACAAUAUAUUUAUGCACAAACUUUUGUGUGCAGGGAAGGGCUUUGUGUGUGCAGAGCCCAGCUGAGCCCAAGACGACUGAGGUGCCUCCUGCUACAGAAGUCACUUCACCUGAAGUGGCCCUGGAGAAGGUGGCGGAGCUCCAGACGACCCCAGGCGUGGUGACAGUGAACACUGCCACCUUGUCAGCACCCCAGCCAGAUGGAGGCACCCGGGUGGAACAGGUAAGUGCGCAUAAACGUCCUCUUUCCCCCCCUCUUGUGUUUGGUGAUUUUGAUCGCUCACCUGUGCAGGUUAGCAGUGUGAAAACCGAGGCAGUACAGUUUCUGUGCACUCAGAUUGAGGGUGAGAUGUCUGACCCAGGUUGGGUAAGACACAGUGUCCUGGGAUCAUUUCACCAGGCGAGUGACCUCUUGAGUAAUCCCGGACAACAGUGUAUGGCAAUUGGGCUGGCCGGCGUUGCCAAAGACAGUGUCAAAAGCGUUUUCUCAUGGAAUCUCAUGGACAAUCUCGACACAGCUUUGCUCUGUGGGGAUCAACUGUACACAUAUCUGCGAGAUAACGACAAAAUCAGUGGCGGGAGUGAUUUUUUGUGUAUUCCUGAUUUGCCUGCUUCACACACAAUUGAUGGCAUGGAGUUUGACUUUGAGUAUGGUGAUUACGUGUCCGGACUCAUCAACCAGACUGAUGGGUCACCCAUUGCACCUGGGUUGACAACAUUGCUGCAUGGUCCACAAAUUGUGUUUGCCAAAUAUGACGCAUGCUUUUUGACAUUGCAUUGCAGCACAUGUGUUGUCAUUCGUGAGAAUGGUGUGUUCGCUGUUGUUGAUUCUCAUGCUCGAAACGCUUCAGGCCUGGUGGAUCCUAAUGGCAGAAGUGUUGUUGUGUAUUUCCAUAACUUGCAAGAACUGUAUACACAUGCAUUGACCUUGGCUGCAUCACAGCGUGUGAGCAACCAGGCUUUGAAGUUGCUGGUGUGCGUGCGAUCCCCAGAAUGUCAACAAUUCAAAGUAUGUGUUUGCCAUCCAGCUCAACACUAAAUACUGACAAUGUUGUGGCGGGACUGCACAUGAAGAGUGUCUAUGCAGAUGUACAUCAGGAAGUGCCGCACUCCAAGCAGAGGUGUUCAUCCAGUACAUCAGUACACAAGACGCAGGGCUCAAAACAUCAACGCUUUGUGCACGCUCCUGCUGCCAAGAGAGCAAAGACCAACAAUUUUGGUGUUGAUGUAUUCAUUGUUGAAGACGCAAACAACGAGAGUGGAGAUAACAAUGAUGUUGUGUGCAUUGAUUAUGCAAAAGCAGACUGACGAUGAUGUGGUGUGUGUUGGUAAUGAAGACCAACAAGAUUUAGUGUUUCACCCCCUUCAGUUAGAUGUUGCAAAAGUUUUGUGCACAACUUUAGGAAUAGAAUGUGAGAAAGUUGCUGUGGAAGGAUUUGUAGCUGGCAUAUUAGGACCUCCAUGCAAGAAGCAGCCUAUUGUCGGCGACGGCAAUUGCUUCUUCAGAUUUGUGAGUCAUGUUUUGUCUGGUAGUGAGAGGUUUCACAGGAAAGUCAGGUUGGCGGUUUGUAAACAUAUUGAAUGUCAUCCUGGAUCAUAUGAGUGUAUUCUGAGACGUGAAUUUACCUCUGUCAAAGAAUAUCUCAACAUGUCCAGAAUGCGAUAUGUGGGUAGUUGGGCCACAGAGGUGGAGAUUCAGGCUGCAGCAGUUUGUUUGGGGGUAAGCAUUUUUACCUACAUUCAUGGUCGAUGGUUUGAAUACAGCUGUCAAGGUCAACGGGAAUCGGAACAGGCAGUGUAUUUGGAGAACUGCAAUAACAUCCAUUAUGAGACUGUCAUCUGUGUUCGACAACCUAAUGUGGACUGUGGUUGCUGUGAUUUGUGUGAAGGUGGUGUUGCACAUAGUACUGACUACGGUUUGACACAGGUGAGCAAAACUGCGCCCUAUAACCUCAGGACAGGAUAUCAGGACUUCAAACAACAGAGUCAUCAGAUUUUAAAUCCUUUAGAUAAAGAAAAAAGGUUGUCAAAAUAUCUUAAAAAGAAGUUUUUGCAAAUGAAAAUUAACUACCACAAAGACUUCUUGGAUUAUAACAGACGUAACCAAAAUGUUAGGAAUAGAUAUAAGCAUAAUCUGUUGUUAGGAAUAGAUCAGUGGCAAUCGCUCUAAGACUGCAAGGGAAGCUCAGCUUCCCUUAAAAUGUCACCCCCCCAAAAAAGUGGUGAAAUACGUACUGCUGUGUGUACAUUUCAUUAACUUAAUAUGCCCUAGAAAGCCUUCAUCUUUUGUUCAGAAUCAGCUUCUUAUCACAGUGUGAUAAGAAGCUGAUUCUGCACAACUUUGUUCUCAUUCAUCCUGGCAGCGCCUCAGCGCUUUACACAGCCGGACGCCCAGCUUCUGCUGACUUCAAUGUGGAAGCUCAAAAGUGGGUUGUUCCAGCAGUGAAACUAGACCAGUGUUGUUUUCGUCAGGCAGGACGAAAACUUAAACGACGAUGUCAGACCCCUUUUUUCCUUGACGAAAAUGAGACUAAGACGAACGUCACCAAAGCUCUGUAAAGACUAAAAUGUGACGAAAAUUGUAUUGAUUUUCGUCAGACGAGAACGAGACGAGACUAAAUUGUUAUCAGGUGGACGAACAAAGUUUCAAAACAUGCUUUUUUUUUGUCCUAACAGUCACGCCCCCAUCACACACGCACCAAAAGCCUCGCUCGCGGACAGCUGCGCGCACAGUUGCGCGCACACACUCAUACACAUGCACAGAGCGGCAGGUGGACAAGGCGCGCGCACACACACCGUGGCGGCAGGCACAGUACCGGUACCCGGUGGCCGAAAAAAGAGGGAUGAUUUAUGGUCCUACUUCAGAUACAGUCCAAAUGACAACAAAACACAAUGUCUUGUACGGGGACGAGGAGACGAGACAGACGACAGUUGUGGAGCCACAGCUUCCUCAUGCUGCGGCUUCAAACUGUCGGGAAAGAACACCACGAACCUCAAAAGGCACCUUUUCGUCGACUAA